AUGAGUAAAAGUACUACCCCGUCUGAAGAAUUUGGAUAUCCAAACCUGCCUGUGCGUCAAAAAUCGGACCAAGAAAGUAUUAGUCAGUGCAUCAAAACUCUAAAAAGUCGCAGACCAAAUACUUUAGAUUUUUCACCUUUAGCUCUUGGAAAUCGUGACAGAAACCAUAAAACAUAUGCAAAACGACCAACUGUUUUAUCUGUUCAUGAUUCUUUACAGAAAGCUGUUUGCAGUGCGAGCGCUUAUUCUUCAUCGGCUAUCUCAGAUUGUCCAAUCAAAAGACCUAACUUUUUACCAAUACCUUCACAAGGAAGUAAAUAUCCAGGUUUUCCAAAACCUAGUGAUGGACUCAUGCCAGGAAGUAGCAAGAAUACCAUAUCUACAGUUAAAGCCUCUUCUUUAAAUACUGGAAACAUUCAUGCUAUACAUCCUGAUUCUAUGGGAUUGUUUAUUAAGAAAAACACACAGUUGUUAAAAUAUCAUACCUGCCGAACUUCACUAAGAUGUCGACCAAAUAAAUGUGGCCACAUGUCUACUAAGAAUUUUAUAGCAUGGUCGCGGAACAAUACACAGUUAUACAGUGUGCUUUGUUUUGACAAAUUCCGUAUCAUUCAUAAGAGAUUACCCUGUCCAUAUUUUUCUACUUGUAACCAUCUUAAAAGGCGUGCAUUUAAUCAUUCAUCUUAUGUUUUUGGUGGUUCUAGCUACCUUCCACAUUCACAAACGUUUCCUAGUUUACUGUCUUUUCGCAGAUGUUGUUCUUAUACUUUUACCAAACAUAUGAAUUUUACCUCUUCGGAUAUUCGAACUAGUUCCAUUCGCUUGUGUCCACGAUACUGUAGAAGGACCAAUAACUCCGUUGGUACUGUAACUUUCGGAAAACCCAGUGAAACAAUCGAAGUUCCAGUUUUUAGCUCAACGAACUUACCCGAAGUCUAUGAUAUACUAAUGAAAUCAAGUAAAAAGCUUGGUGAGCCCACUAACAAACCUCAUAUUGAGAAAGUUACACUACCCAAUACUAUAUCUAACGAUAAAAAUGUGCAGACCAUAAAUAUUAAUAUUAAUGAUGCAAAUCACGUCUUUCAACUGCGGAUCGAUUCUUCGCUAACAAAUACUAGCCUUGAUGAGAACUGUUCGGACGGCAAACAGUUGCAUACUACCAAAAAACUACAACAAAUCCAACCUAACGGAGAUAUUUGGCCUCCUCUGGUAAUCAGUUCCCAUCCAGAAUUGGUUCUUCAGUUCAAUCCUCCCGUUGGACUUUUAAUUUCACUUCUUGAGAAUACAAACAAAACGUCUGGUGAUUUGUAUAAUAAGAAUGUCCACGAACUAACUAUUGAUUCAGAGAAGGGUUCUUUAAACUCAGUGUCCAUGAUACCAGUAACACAAUCUGAAUGCUUAUCUAAGUCAGAUAAUGUGUCUCCUGGCAUAACAAUAGCUCUCACUCGGAAUCUCCAUAUUCGUGUUCAUUCAACUGAAUUAAAUUGCUGUUUAAAGCAAUCAGCUUGGUGUUUCUCAUCGAGUGGCUUUUAUCAGUUUGGUCAAGAAGAAAUUGUAAUUCUGUUACGUAGACGUUUUGAUGAAAAACUACCACCAAUGGAGAUAUUUUAUCAAUACUGGCUUAUAUAUCAAGCUUUAGUGAAUUAUGCUGAGAAACAAGUUAAAAGUGAUGUUAAUUUUGAAUCAUUCAACUCCCAAACGUAUAAUAGACCGUUCGGUUCAGCACCAUUUCGUUCACAUGAUUGUUUCUUUGAAAAACUUUACUUUGCAAAUGAUCGUUGUUCUAGUUCACCCUGUACUGACUCAGAUAUGACGAAUGGUUACUAUUGGCUUAAUUCCAGAUCUUUAACAAGUAGUAAUUAUGGAAGUAGCAAUCCAUAUGGAUUCGUAUUUUUCCAUCCAACUCACCAAUGUUUAUUAGGCCUACAUCUACCAAAUCCACCGUUCUUAAUCGCUCUACUAGUGCAUAUACAAGAAGCACCUUGGGCAUAUCAUCUACCGAGUAGAAUUUUAUUGAAUCUAGGCAAAAUGUCACAUUAUUAUCCAACUACUUUGUUAUCCGACCGUGAUCGCAAGAUUUUAUUUGAUUGUAAACUAGACGGAGAAAGCUUCUUACAAUUAUUCACUAAUAUAAAACCAUUUAUCUAUCCAGAUUUCAUGACAUUUACACCUAAACAAAGAUGUAUUCCAUUACCAGAAUUAUUAUUUCAUAUAAAUGGAUUCUAUGCACAUUUGAAUGUAGUUAAAAGUGAAUCGGAUACGAAUACUACUACACAUAAUGAUGGUGUCGAAGAUGUAAUUGUGGAGCUUCUAAUACCCAUGUCUUCAUGUGCUUCUGUGGCUAGGUUUCUAGACUCGAGUGCUAUGGAGUCAAUGACAUUUGCCCUAUCAGCCGAUUGUAACCCAAUGUCCGAUUCCCAUUUAGUUUGUUCGCAGUCAAAAAUACUACAUAAAGGGUCUAAAGACAACCACAAUAAGUUAAUUUGUCAGAAUGUGACCAGUUCACAAAUGACCUCAAAUCUAAAUUAUUUUACUGACCAAAAUUGUUUCCAGACCUUCGAGACUGAGGCUAUUUCAAUUGAAAAUACAAGACUCAAGGUAACUGGUUUGAGCUUUGUAGCUUUUUCUGGUCACGCCUCAUUUUGCAGUGCAAUAAUCGUCGAGGAUGGAUUAUAUAUUUCUAUGACAAGUUUAAAAUUUCAUCAGCUUGUCAAUAGUUUGAAAAAUGGUUACGAUUUAUCAAUUCCUAUACGAUCAAGUCGUAACAUCCAACCAUCUACAAUAGUAGAACAUAUCAAUGGUGGUUUUGGAGACGAUAUUUCGAAUCGCGAUCUAUUUAACGGAAAUGUUGCCUCAUCAGUUCACGUAAAGUGGUUUAAAGUGUUUGAUUCGUUUUUAUCAAGUGCUUCAUUUAGUACUACCGUCACUCCAUGUUGCACUAAUUCUGCCGGCAUAUGGGACUUGGAACCUAUUACUACAUUCUUAGUGCCAGUUCAUUACCAACUAUGGCACUGGAUACAUCUGAAUGAAAGUAUUAUUCCAAGCAGUGAAAGUCAAUUAAGUUCUUUAUCGACUACCAAAUCAAGUGAUCCACCGUCUUUACGAUUGGCAUGGAUUCGAUUUCAUGUGUUAAACGUUGAUCAAUUGGAAUUUAUUAGUACAUCCUCAAGUAAAACAAUAACUUUUGGGCAUUUUUCUAAUGAAGUAGCUGAAUGUGUAAUCAAGGCGCUUCGACCUUAUCUUGGUCAUCUCCUAAACAAUAAUCGUACACAAAUCACACUACGCAUUCUGUUGCAACCACCAGAUCAGGUUGGCUAUCGGAUGGGUGCUUCAUGUCAGGAGGUAUACACACUGCACAAUCAACUGGAUUCAUCAAACGAUCUUGAAAAUGCCAGCUGUGAGAAUUGUGAAGAAAUGUAUACUGACGCAUUAGACGACAUACUGUUGCCUGUAUUAUCUUCUUGGACUAGUUGCUUAAAAAUUGUCGAUGUAAAUAUAAAGGAAAUCGAACGCCGCUCACCGAGUACUUCUAAUUCUUGUUAUCAUCUAAAUGAAAUAAUUCAGAUGGAAUUUGAUUUUUGCAUUUUAAACUAA